GCCAUUCGUAGCGGCGGCGGCGGCUCCGUUCCCCGCCCGGCCAUGGAUCGCUACGUCCUGCUCCUGAGCUGGGGGGAGCGCCGGGGCGAGGGGGCUGCGGCCGGUGGGCCCGAGCCCGGAGGAGCUGUGACUGCUGCAAGCGUUUGUCAGUUUCUGAAAGAGAGCUGUAACUCAUGGCUAAGGGCAGGUGUGAGCACGUUCCCAGCAUGUUCAGUGGCUGGUAUUCCAGGUGUAAAGAAAUGGUACUUUGCAAGCCAUGCUAUAUGUGGUUAUUAUCAGUUCUGCAGUUCUGACUGGGAAGAAAUAAAUCUUGACACACAGGGAAAUGAAGAUUCUCUCCAAACAAGUAUUGAUGAAUGCCUGGGAGCCAUACAGAGUUUUGAGGAAGAAGACAAUAACAGUAGAGAGUCACUGUCUAUGACUGAUAUCUAUGAUGAAGCCGCAGAAAGUCUGCAUCAGUUAGCUGAUAAACUGCCUGCCCCAGGCAGAGCCAUGGUUGAUGUAAUUCUGCAGGCUGCUGAACGAGAUGGACCCAAGUUAAAAGACUGCUUACCUGCUAUUGGUGCCCUGAAACACCUGAGAGAAUGGCACUCUGCGAAAAUCACGAUUGCAGCAACUGACUCUAAAGGUAGUUGGCGAAAGAUUGCGGACUAUCUAUCAGCAGACUUUGUAUCCUCAGAUAAUGUCAUGGAUAUUAUUGAUUUAAAAGAACUCUGGAGAGGAAAGAUUCAGAUAUGGGAAAGAAAGUUUGGAUCAGAAGUUAGGUUUCCAGAAUUUUGUAUAAAGAGCACUUCAGCAAAGACAUUCAGCACUUCACAUUUGAGUUCUUGCUUUGCUGUUAAAAAUGAGCCACAAUCGAGGAAUACUGAUACUUUGCCAGAGGUUUUCCAUUACUAUGGUCCUGCACUAGAAUUUUUACAGAUGGUGGUUCUCUCUGAUCUACCUGCCUUUUUUGUAUCAGAUCUGGAAUUCGAACUGAGCCUGGCAAGAAGGAGUGUGAAGGAGACAUCUACGCUGCUUUUGGACCAGAUUUCGUCUCUGUCUGGGAAGGUGGGAGCUUUAUUUACGUUGCCAUGUAACGUAAGCAGCGUGGUGAUCCCAUCCCCUGCUCAGCUGAGUGCCAAGAAAUGGAAGGAAUAUAUGGCUAAGAAACCCAAGGUCAUCACUGUUCCAGAAAUUGAACUGAAAGGAGAGUCUUGCAGAUAUUAUUUCUUGCUACAAGGCAACGGCUCCGGAGGAUGUAAAGCAACUUUGAUUCAUUCAGCUGGCCAGAUCAAUGGUACGGCCACUCUUGCUGCAGUAAAUGGAAAGCUGAAGACAAAAGAAGAAGAAACAGAGUCAAGCUUCUGUAUUGCUGACUUUAUCAAGUCCCUGCCGCGUUUUUGUGGAGAGGAGAUUGUACAGAGAGAAAAGAAACUGUCUCGUCUCCAAGUGUUUGCCUUGAAGGAGUAUCUCAGGAGAAAGGAAUUGACCGAGCAGCCUCCAGUUAUUUCUACUGAUGAGUUCAAAAACUUGUUAGAACUUACAAGAGAAUGUUUUCUGGACCUGUGCAACACUAGUCUUCCUAAACCUGUUCAGCAGAAGGUGGCCAAUAAAACUGGGUCAUGGUCAUGCACUCUGAGUUCUGAAUCUGAUUUAAUGGAGCCAAAUCCAUUGGAGUGGCCAGAAAGACAUGUUCUUCAGAAUUUGGAAAACUUUGAAAAAAACAAACAGAAAAUGAGAGUUUCCAUGUUUGCACAUUCAUCUGAGCAAUUGCUGGGGCAUAAAGACAGCCAGCGGGAGUCAUUGACACUGCUCGAUGCUAAAGAAUUACUGAAAUAUUUCACACCAGAAGGGCUGCCAGUUGGUGAUCUCCAGCCACUACAAAUUCCCAAACGUGAAAACACAUUCAUUUUGACACCAGAACUUACUCCUCGGAAACUCAGAGGUUUGCCUUUUGAAAAAGCAGCUGGAUGCCAUUAUCAUGGACUUGAGUACUGUCUAGAUAACAGAAGAGCCUUAGAGAGAGACGUGGGCUAUGCUGAACUUCAAACUCGUCUUAUUCGCUACGAGACUCAGACCACUUGCAGCAAGGAGUGCUGCCCUGUGCCGGUCGUCCUCAGCCCCCUCCCAUCCCCUGCAGUCGUGUCAGAGCCUGGCAGUGUCCCUGAUGGAGAGUCUUUACAAAGCGAAUUCAAAACAGAGGCAUCAAGACUAAAACGCAGAUCAAAAGACUUGGAUUGCUUUUAUCCCAAGAAAAGGCUAACCAAGUCUGAGAGUACAGAGUCCCUCCUCUCUCAGGCAAGCGGAAGUAGUGGGAAUCACUACACAGAUGCUGUAACGAGGAAGCGCUCUAAACGAUCGGUUUCUUUGGCUUCGAUGGCACUGAAACAGCCUGGUCAAACCCCCAGAGCAACCAGUAAGGCUGACUCUGCAAGUUGCAAAAGUGGAACUGAAUCUGAGACUUCAAAGCCAGCUAAGGAAUCGAGAUCCCAGAAACACACAAGGAUGCUGAAGGAGGUGGUUGCCAAGACUCUUCAAAAACAUGGAAUUGCAGAGGAUCACAAGUGCUUCACAUCAUGCAGCCAGCGCCUGUUUGAGAUAUCAAAGUUCUACUUAAAGGAUCUUAAAACUUCUAGAGGACUUCUUGAUGAAAUGAAGAAAACAGCAAACAACAAUGCUAAACAGGUGAUCGAAUGGGUUUUGGAGAAGACUGGCAAGUAGAGGCACGGACCAGCUGCUGUUUCUCCAAACUGCCCCGACAGAGCACUUCCCAUUGUAAGGCAAACCUCACGCUGCCCGACACGUGCACACACGUAUCUACACACCAGAAGGACUCUGGUCAGUGUAUAGACUCGUGUAGACUCAAUUCUCAAGCACAGUAGUGCAUUUUAAAACUUUUUAUACAAAGUGUUUUAAUUUUUUAUAAAAAUUCAAAUGAAAAUAAGUUUUAUUUUAUAUGCAUAUUUAUUAUAUUCCUUUUAACAAUGAAACAUAGCUUGACUUGGUUUGAUAAAGCUUUGUAUGUUUUUCAACCAGCAUAUCUGGUUUUUAUGUGAAUAAAACCUCCACCAGAUUUAAUUUUAAUAACAAAACUACUUUGCUUCUUUUUACGUAAAAACGUCUCUUCUAUUUAUUAUUUCUUGCUGUUAUAUAAACAGCUGUUUACAGCGUUAACCGUUGACAUUUUAUAGAAUAAUUAAGACCAGUUUCUUUUUCCGCAGUUGAAAGUAAAUAUAAUUAGAAUUUGAGUUAUCUCUGUGUUGUUGUAUACGAGGAAAAAAAAAUAGCAUGUCUUUUGAAAUGUGAUGCGAGGUCCCAUUAAAGAAAGGAUCAUUGUUUUA